AUGGUUACUGAAGUGAAUAACGAAGAAACCGAAAAACAAAAAAGUGAAACAGUUCAAGAAUUUUUCCAUCGGCAUCUGAAAGAUGUAGUGCACUUCUUCGUCGAAGACUGGUUUUUGUCUGCUAUGCUUGGUAUAAUUACAGCAAUUCUUUCUAUCACGAUGGAUUUGAAUAUUUUUUUGCCUUAUAUACAUCAUUUUUCUGCUUUACAUAAAAAUUAUCAAUUGGAAAACAGUUUUUUCAAAUUUAUAUUCAUUUUAUGGCAAUUUUUAGAUCGUGUAAUAUUACAUGACUAUACUGUACGAACUCAUCACUAUUACGCUUCUUUUAUAUCGUGGAUAGCUUACAUAACUUUACUUACUGGUGCAUCAGCUAUAUUCUGUCAUUGUUUCGCUAAACAGGCUGUUGGAUCAGGCAUUCCAGAAUUGAAAAUUAUCAUGAGCAGUUUUAAAUUAAAAAAUUAUCUAACAUUACAAACUAUGAUUGGCAAAAUUUUUGGUUUAACUCUUGCACUCGGAAGUGGAUUGCCAGUUGGUAAAGAGGGACCUUUUGUGCAUAUUGGAGCAAUUGUAGCAUCAUUACUGACGAAAAUCACUUCUGCUUGCCAAUAUCAAGCAUUUUUUUCCAGCGAAGGUCGUGAAAUUCAAAUGCUUUCUUCGGGAUGCGCAGUUGGUAUUGCGUGUACAUUUUCCGCUCCAGCUGGAGCAGUAUUAUAUGGUAUCGAAUCAACUUCGAGGUUUUUUGCUGUUCGAAAUUACUGGCGAGCAUUUUUUGCAACAACAUGCAGCGCACUAAUAUUUCGUUUUGCUAAUGCUGCUAUUAUACCUCCAGAAAUUGCAGGUACGAUAACAGCAUAUUAUCAAACUUACUUUCCAAAUUCAGUAUUUGUGGUUGAAGAAAUACCAGUAUUUAUACUUAUUGGCGUAUUUUCGGGUUUGCUUGGUGCUUUAUUCGUAUUUGUUCAUCAGAGAAUCGCAAUGUUUAGGAAAAAAAAUCGCUUGUAUUUACGAAUCUUUGGUAAAAAUCCGUUGAUGUUCACGAUAUUUAUGGCUGCUGUUGUUGGCAUAGUAACAUAUCCAGAAGGCACUGGACGAUACUUUGCUGGAAAAUUAACAUUUCGUGAAACCCUAGCUGAUUUCAUAGCAAACUGCACAUUUGCGUUAUCAAACGUGACCAGAUCAGGCUGUUCAAUGGAUCGAAUGGCACACUGGAUCGGGCCAAAGGGGGAAUUGCAUGCUUUAAACAGUUUGGCGAUUUAUUUUUGUGUCUAUUUUAUCCUUGUUGCAAUCUGUGUUUCGCUGGCAGUACCAGCAGGAAUAUUUGUGCCUUCUUUCGUGAUCGGUGCUUGUGGUGGUCGAUUGAUUGGUGAAUUAAUGGCUUUAUUAUAUCCUCAAGGAAUUCGUGGUAUUGAUGGACCUCAAAUUUUUCCUGGAUUAUAUGCUGUUGUUGGUGCAGCUGCAUAUACAGGAUCAGUAACGCAUUCAUUGUCUAUUGCAGUAAUUGUUUGUGAAACAACUGGUCAACUUUCUCCCUUACUACCAGUUCUAAUUGCACUAAUGAUUGCUAAUGCGAUAAGCAGCUUUUUGCAACCAUCAAUUUAUGAAAGUAUGAUAAAAAUUAAAAAUUUGCCAUAUUUGGCAGAUUUACCACCUUCUCGAAUCAGUGUGCAUAAAUUGAAAGUUGAAAAUGUCAUGAUUCACAAUGUGUUGUGCAUAACAAAAUCCACAACAUAUAGGGAACUACGAGAGCUUUUACUUGCAACACCACAUUUGCGAUCGUAUCCACUUAUAACUGAUUCCACUUCAAAAAUUCUACUUGGUUCAGUGGCACGCAAAUAUUUGAAUUAUUUGUUGCUAGAGAAGUUAGGAGCUGAUUCAAUUAUUGAUAGGAGAAGAGGAAGUACAACAUCAGAUUUGUUAAGUCAUAUACGUAAAAAUUCGGCAUUAAAUGUUACGAGUAUAUUAACAGACCGAAAUAUUAGUGGCAAUACACUGCUUGCAAACAGUCCACUUCACGAAGAUCAUGGUGGAGACAGUCCACUCGCACCUUUACUUCGUCGACAAACUGAUCCUGACUUUCACACUACAAAUUUGAGCGUAGCUCAACGGUCAUCCAUUUUACAACGAGCAAUUGAUCUGGAUAAAAUUGCCAUUGAUCCAGCACCAUUUCAGCUCGUUCUCGGCACAUCACUUUAUAGAGUGCAUACAUUAUUCUCGUUACUUGGCCUUAAUCAUGCUUAUAUUACAAAUCGAGGAAAACUUAUAGGCGUUAUUUCGAUCAAAGAGUUACGUGAAGCUCUUGCUAACAUCUAUAGCCGAGGUGCUGUACCAACUUAUUCAGUACGGAAAAGUACUGUGACUUCUCCAUAUGGAUUAUCAGCAGAAAACAAUGAUAUUCGCAACACAUUAGCGAAAAGUACUCAGACAGUGCCAGAUGAUCAUGACGAAUUUAAAGAUGAUUUUAAUACAUCACAUUCCGUGAUAAUGACAUCAGGAAACAUUUAG